GUGGCGUGUUUGGAAGGCAGCGGCCCAGCUGGACGCAGAGCCUGCGGCCGAUUAUGGCAGCCUCUGCGAUCAAGAGAACAAGUGGACUGCGUCGAUCGAAAUCGAUGUGCCUCGCACCUUCCCGGAGCUCAAAGCUUUCGACGAGGAGCAGCAGCAGCGACUCCGACGGGUCCUCAACGCCUAUGCCAGCUACAAUCCUGAUUGCGGCUACUGCCAGGGCAUGAACUACGUUGCCGGUUUGCUGCUGUUGGUCUCUCGCUGCGAGGAGGAAAGCUUCUGGGUCUUCGUGCGGCUUAUGGACCAUGAGGACUUUGGCCUCGGUGGUUUCUACGUGGGUCGACUGCCGCUUCUCCGACGCUAUCUCCGCGCUUGCGAGAACCUCGUCGCCGAGUCACUGCCGGAGCUGCGUGAGCACUUCAUCAAGCAGAAUGUGCAGCCGGCUGUGUAUUUGCACCAGUGGUUCCUAACGCUUUUCAUCAACUGCUUUCCCAUCUCAAUGGUGAUGAUCCUCUGGGACGUCAUCAUGUGCGAAGGCCUGACGGUGAUCCUGCGAAUCGCCGUGUCCAUUCUCCAGGUCUUGAAAGACUCGCUUCUCUCCAUGGAAUUCGAGGAGAUUAUCAAGUUCUUCAAGAUGAUGAAGACCUAUCACGACGAGGACGGUGAGCUCGGCGCUGUCAAAAUCGGACAGCUGCUCAUGAAGCACACCGAGCAGGUUCAUAUACCCAAGGAAACGAUCCAGUACCUCCGUGCCGGCUUGGACGAUGAUCCACACCUUGAUUCAGACGAGUCCUGGGAGAACGAGCAAUCGUCCUGGUCAAGCUAUCUGUCGCGUAUGUUCUCCUGGAGGAAGUCGUCGACGCCCAAUACUUUGAG